CUACAGUUCCUAAUACCCUAAUAUUCUUCUACAAUGACUGGUCAUGAAGAAAGUGCUAAAUGCCAAGGCUGCCCUCAAGGAGCUACCCAUUGCCCUAUGUGCCAUAAGCCUACUACUGAUGAAUGUACCCUUAAAUGCCCAACAUGUACCAAAAUAGGUGCACCCCCAUCCUACUUCUGUUGUCAAGCAUGUUUCAAGAUGGCAUGGGAUCAGCAUAAGGAGGUUCAUAAGAUUAUGAAACAGAUGUUAUCUGGUGGUAGGGGUAAGGCAGCAUUGAAAGAAGAAGUUGCUCAUGCUAUCGCUGAGACUAAUGAAGAUUAUAAGGAUGAUCAUCUUGCUAAGUUCCAUAACUAUACUGGAUGGACAGGAUCAUUACGACCAGCCAAGUUAGGCCCUCUUAGAGAGUUACCUGAGUCUAUCCCUAGACCAGAUUAUGCUGGUGAUGGUAUACCCCAUAGUGAGGUAGCAUUAAGACGUUCUAACUUCAUAAAGCAGCUUAAUGAGGAGGAGAUAUCAAGACUUAGAACAGCUUGUUUACUCGGUCGUCAAUGUAUCGAUGAGUGUGGUAGACUUAUCAUGUCAACUACUAAGGAUCAUCCUGUUAGAGGAUCUGAUGUUGAUGAGGUUGUCCAUAACUUCUGUGUCGAACAUGAGUGUUAUCCCAGCCCAUUGAACUACUAUCACUACCCAAGAUCGGUAUGUGUAUCAGUAAAUGAGGUUAUAUGUCAUGGUAUGCCGGAUGAACGUCCCUUUCAGCCUGGUGAUAUAGUCAAUGUUGAUAUAACCCUAUACCAUGAUGGUAUGCAUGCUGAUCUCAAUGAGACCUACAUCGUACCUGACCCUGAAGGAGUGGUUAACAAGGCUUUAGCUCAUGACACUAAGCGUUUGGUAGAGGGUACAUAUGCAUCUAUGAUGUCGGCUAUUGAGGAGUGUAAACCUGGUGUUAUGUAUCGUGAUCUUGGUAAUACCAUACAGAAGGUCGCUAACCAUCAAGGUCUAUCUGUUGUUAAGAGUUACUGUGGUCAUGGUGUAAGAGACCUAUUCCAUUGUGCUCCUAAUGUACCACAUUAUGCUAAGAAUAAGGCUAUUGGUGUUAUGAAGAAGGGACAUGCCUUUACUGUUGAGCCUAUGUUAAAUCUUGGUACUUAUAAGGAUAGGACCUGGCCUGACGAUUGGACCUCUGUCACUCUUGAUGGGAAGCGUUCGGCUCAGUUCGAGCAUACCAUAGUCGUCACUGAUAGCGGUGUGGACAUUCUAACCGCUAGAUUACCCGAUUCCCCCUCAUGCGGUAUUGAUAUGGAUGCUGCUCUCGCCCGAUGUAAACAGGAAGCUGGCCUUAAUAAGCCCUCCAAGCACUGAGGUAUCCUAACCAUACAUUUAUCGAGGACCUUCUGUUACACAACUACAGUGAUACAUACCACAACGUAUAUAAGAUUCUC